ACGAUUGUAAUAGCAUAGUUAAGGUGUUUGAAGUAGAUAAUUUUGAUUGCAAUAAAGCUCGAAGAGAAUUAGUCAAUGGUAUAAUUAAAGCAGAUAAUGUUGAUUGCAAUGAAGUUCAAA